GUCCUUACAGAUUAUGAGCAUCAUAUUGCAAUUAAUGUGUGGAAUGGACAGGAAAGACGUGCCUUGAAAGUUGUUUCCAAUGGCAAAAAGCAAGACAAAUUUAUUGAUAUUAGAUAUCAUUUACCUGCUCAAAUAGAUCAUUGGAUUAAUAUAUCUGGAUUACGUCCUCUGAGAAGAUGUAGUUUGCAUAUGAUUGAUGGUAACAUGAUAUCUGCUUUUGCUGAGAGAUGGCACGCAGAGACUAGUUCAUUUCACCUGCCAUUCGGUGAAAUGACUAUUACUCUUGACGACGUCAGGGGUCUUUUGAGCAUCCCGUGUACUGGAGAGUUUUUCACACCUCCCGCAAAUGUCAAUGAAGAUUUGGCAAUUGUUGCUGAUGUUGAGUUGUUGGGAGUUGCAUAUGAUGAAGCUGUCACUGAGACUAGGACCAAUAGAGGGGCCUCGUAUAGUUUUGAGUGGUUGAAAGAGGUAUUUUUUAAGAAACUUCAUGAACGAAGAUAUGACUGUGCAGCUAGGGCAUGUCUACUUCAUUUGGUAGGGUGUACCAUUCUUGUUGAUAAAAGUUUUACACUUGUAUCUGCAAAAUAUCUCUUUCUGUUUCAAGAUCUUGAUAGUUGUGGUAAAUGGGCAUGGGGACCGGCUGCACUUGUUGUGUUAUAUGACUAUCUUAGAGAUAGUACAUUGCCUGCAACCAAACAGAUUGGAGGAUAUUUGUCUUUAUUUCAGGUACUAUUAUAUUUAUUAUACUUAUCAUUAUUUUUUUAAUUAUUUCAUCACCUUAAUAAUUUUACUACAUUUCAAUUAUUUACAGACUUGGAUUUAUGAACAUUUUCCUGAUAUUUGUAAACGGGAUAUGGAUGAACAUAUUUCC